CAACGGCGACUUCGUGGGGAUUGUCCAAAGGAAUAAGUAUAAGUAAAAUUGGCGGUACAUGCGUUUAUAAUGAAGGAAAAACUCAUGCUUUGUUAAAUUGCACAAGCAGUCAAGCUUGUGGGUUAAAUUCAUAUGCUAUGGGUGGCCUUUCCCCGACAGGAAUUGUAAGAACAACUACAUUAGUGAAAAACGGAAUCGAUAAUAAUAUUACAGUUUUGGGAAAUCCAAAUUAUGCUAUUGCGGCACAUGUUGGAAAAGAUCUGUUAUUUUCUACAGAUGAAGUAAGCAUUUACGAUCUAAGCGCGAUUGUAGUAAAUACUUCAUGUAUGGCGACUGAAAAAUUUGCUGGAUCAUCUUUAGCAAUUGAUCCAUUAAUAAAUAUGACAAGCUUAGAUGACAACUUCAAUUUCUUUUUCAGCCCUACUACUAUAUCGGAUUUCCAAGGAUUAUACGUUUUGGAUAGAAAUUUCCAUGUUUUUGCUAUUAUUUUGGCAGAUCGAACGACAAAUAAUAUUAAUCAAAUUCAAGUAGGAUGGCUGAAUCAUACACAGGUAACUCUAAGAAGUAAUUUAGUAACUCUUGCACAAUGCAAUUACACAGCAAGAAUCGGAUUGUUGGAUAUUACCCAAAAAAAUAAUUCAUUACAAAGUUCGAUAAAAAAUUUGAAACCCAUCAGCGAAGCACAUGUUGGAGCAUUGAAUGUUCAGAUGAGCGGAUUUAAUUUUGAUGCUUUGACCAUAACAAAUGGAAAUUCCAAUCCAGAGAUUGAUCCUUACAAAUAUGAUGGAAGAUACAUUUCUGGAUUAGAAACGGACGUUGCUAAAUACGUGGCCGCAUCGUCUAUGGUUCUCAUAGAUAUACUAUUGGCACAAGGUUAUCCUGCCAAUAAUUUAGCGUAUACCAAUGACACAUUUUCGAUAAAAUCUUGUGACAGUAUUGAAGUGACGAUCAUACAAUACUGGCCUUUGUUCAGAGAUAAACAUUACCUGUUCUGGAGUAGAAUUGAACACUUUGAUAUGGCAAUCGUUGACAACAAAGUGGGGGUUAGCAAGAUUAUUGUCGAAAGGUCACUGGAAUACGGAUCAAAAAGAUGCGUUUUUAUCAAAAAUGGACGCGAUACCAGAAAGAUUGGAAGCUUCGAGGAACCAUUUUGGAUUGACUUCUUUGGACCGGGAAAAUGA